CUAAAAUCGAUGAGUGAUUGGCUGUCUUCUCGGUCAAGAUUCCGAGGGUCUAUUAACGUGAAAGCCCUUUGUUUCAGGGGUCUAUCAUGGCCUUGAAAAGAAGAAGGGCUACAUCCCCCUCGAGCAGUGUGAGUGGAGGAGAUUUCGACGAUAGCCAGCCUUCAUCCUUAGUGUCUUCAAGUGGGCGAAAGAGGAGAAAGACCUCAAACAUUCCAACCGUGGAUCCUAUUGCUGUGUGCCAUGAAUUGUACAACACAGUCAGAGACUACAAGGAUGACCAAGGCAGGAUGCUGUGCGAGCUGUUCAUCAGAGCCCCUAAACGAAGGAACCAGCCAGACUAUUACCACGUGGUGUCUCAGCCUAUCGACAUGAUGAAGAUUCAGCAGAAAUUAAAGAUGGAGGAAUACGAUGACGUCGAACAGCUCACCAGUGACUUUCAGCUCCUGUUUCAUAAUGCCAAAACAUAUUAUAAGUCCGAUAGUGCUGAGUUCCGAGCAGCCUGCAACCUGUGGGACCUUUACCAACGUACCAAGAAUGAAUUUGUUCAGCCAGGCGACGAUGAUGAGGAUGAUGAGGCCGGCUACGAUGCGCAAGACAUCCCCAGCGGGUCUACUGAGGAUGAGAGUGCACCGAUCUGCUUGAGAGAUGUCCUUGAGCAUCUCCUCGAUGCCGUGGUGACAUAUGCCGAGCCCUCGGGCCGCCUGGUCAGCGAUCUCUUUCAGAGGUUGCCCUCCAAAGCGCAAUAUCCAGAUUAUUAUGCAAUCAUCAAGGAGCCCAUAGAUUUGAAACUCGUCGCUCAAAAGAUUCAGAUGGGCCACUACAGGAGCGUUACUGCCAUGGCUAAAGAUAUCGAUUUAUUGGUCAGAAAUGCCAAAAUUUACAAUGAGCCUGGAUCACAGGUCUUUAAGGAUGCAAAUACCAUUAAAAAGAUUUUUGCACAAAAGAAGUCAGAGAUUGAACACGGAGAACCAAUCAAGUCCAGCAUUCGUAUCAGGAAUAGGAGGUUUGCUCAGGGUGAGCGCCUCUCUGCGAUUAGCAUGGCUCUUCAGUAUGAAAGUGACGAGGACGGAAUACUUUCUGGGUCUGUUCACUAUGACGAGGGGGAGUCUGAGGCUGAGAGUUUGACCACUAACAUCGACAUGAGCAACCCCAUUUUCCAGCUGUAUGAAGCUGUACGCGGUGCCAGGAACAACCAGGGCCUCCUGAUUUCUGAACCUUUCCAGGAGCUGCCCUCUAGGAAGGAAUACCCAGACUACUACCAGCAGAUCACGCAGCCCUUGUGCCUCCAUCAGAUCAAGAACAAGAUGAAGAACAAUGAGUAUGACAGUGUUGAGCCUAUGGACUCUGAUCUAACGCUAAUGUUUGACAAUGCCAAGCGUUACAAUCUUCCCCACUCCUCCAUCUACAAGCGGGCACUUAAAUUGCAGCACAUUCAGCAGAUAAAGCGAAAGGAGCUUUUUCAGAGAGAUGACGACGAUGGAGACAGCAUGCUUUCCUGUGCCACCUCUGACACCAGUAGCACUAAGAGAAAAAGUCACAAGAAGAAUACAAAGAAAAAUCGAAUGAAAGCUCUUUUUGCUUCGGUCACCGACGCACGGGAGGCGGGCACUAGCAGGCGACUUUGUGACCUCUUUAUGGUAAAGCCCUCCAAGAAGGACUACCCCGAUUACUACAAGAUCAUCCUGGAGCCCAUGGACUUGAAAACCAUCGAGCACAAUAUCCGGUCAGACAAGUACCUCAGUCAAGAUGCCAUGGUAGAGGAUAUGAAGCUGAUGUUCCGCAAUGCUCGACACUACAAUGAAGAGGGCUCACAGGUCUUCAAUGAUGCUGAUGUGCUCGAAAAAAUAAUGACAGACAGACGCAAGGAUCUUGGACCAGUGACAGAUGAGGAUGACAUAGUGUCCUCAAAGAUGAAAAUAAGAAAGACAAACAUGACUCUGAAGAAAUCAAAGUAUCUUACACCCUUACAACAGAAGCUGAAUGAGUUGUAUGAGUCUGUCAAGAACUACACAGACAAGCGUGGCCGUCGCCUCAGCACGAUCUUCCUGCGCCUUCCAUCUCGUGCUGAGCUGCCUGAUUACUACAUAGCUAUCAAGAAACCGGUGGACAUGGAGAAGAUCAAGAGCCACAUGUUAGCCAAUAAAUAUCAGGAUGUAGAUGCACUGGUAGAGGACUUGGUGCUCAUGUUCAACAAUGCAUGUACGUACAAUGAGCCUGAGUCGCUGAUUUACCGGGAUGCUCUAGUCCUGCACCGUGUGCUUCUGGAGACGAGGCACGCCCUGGAGGGAGGUGAGGACGCUUACGUGCCAGAUGUGCCUCGCCUCAUCCAGGAGCUCAUCCGCAGCCUCUUUGUCUCGGUGCUCGGCCACCAAGAUGAUGAGGGCCGUUGCUACAGCGAUUCUCUGGCCGAGAUCCCUGCCAUUGAUCCUGCAAACCCAGAGAAGCCCCCUCUCAAUUUUGAGAUAAUCAGAAAGAAUGUCGAUGGAGGUCGCUAUAUGAGGCUGGAUGUAUUUCAGGACCACAUGUUUGAAGUUUUGGAAAAGGCCAGACAUCUAAAUAGGACAGACUCUGAAAUCUUUGAAGAUGCCGUCGAGCUGCUGCAGUUCUUCAUCAGGAUCCGAGAUGAGCUGUGUAAGAAUGGAGAGAUUUUGAUGUCUCCUGCACUGAGCUAUACGUCCAAACAUCUGCAUAAUGAUGUGGAUAAAGAAAAGAAACAAAAACUCCCUAAAGAGAUUGAGGAGGACAAAGUCAAGAGAGAAGAGGAAAAAAUGGAAGCUGAAAAGCGGGAGGAAUCUGUCGGAGCCUCCUGGCAGCUGAGCUCACAGCGCACAUACAGUCAAGACUGCAGCUUCAAAGACAGCAUGUACUGUGUUGGAGACUAUGUUUAUGUGGAGCCUGCUGAGCCAAACCUGCGGCCUCACAUCAUCUACAUCGAACGCCUGUGGCAAGACGACACUGGUGAGAAAUGGCUCUAUGGAUGCUGGUUCUACAGGCCAAAUGAAACGUUCCAUGUCGCUACACGAAAGUUCUUGGAGAAGGAAGUAUUUAAGAGUGACUAUUACAACAAAGCACGCAUCAGCAAGAUUUUAGGCAAAUGUGUGGUAAUGUUUGUGAAGGACUACUUCAAACUUUCCCCAGAAGGCUUCAGGGCAGAGGACGUCCAUGUCUGCGAGUCACGCUACUCUGCCAAGUCCAAGUCCUUCAAGAAGAUCAAGUUGUGGACCAUGCCCUUGAGCUCGGUUCGCUUUGUCCCAAGAGAAGUGCCUCUUCCUGUUGUACGGGUGGCAUCCAUAUUUGCCCCGAAAGAAGAGAGAGACGAGAAACUAACAGAAAUUACAGAUGAAACCAAAGUGAUAGAAUGUAGCACCAUAUGCAAGGAGAGGGAAGAUGUUCCUUUGGAGAUGACUAACGGGGAAGCAGGAUGCCAAUACUAUGAACAGCUUUGCCAUAACAACCUGUGGCUGAAAGUUGGAGACUGCGUCUAUAUUGGCUCUCAUGGACUAGUGCGCCAUCGCGUGGGCAGGAUUGAAAAAAUGUGGAUGCGAGAUGGAGCCGGCUACUUUUUUGGCCCAAUCUUCAUCCAUCCAGAGGAAACGGAGCAUGAACCCACUAAAAUGUUCUACAAGAAGGAAGUUUUUCUAAGCAACCUUGAAGAAGCUUGUCCCAUGACCUGCAUCAUAGGGAAGUGCGUGGUGUCAUCCUUCAAAGAGUACCUAUCUUGUCGGCCAACUGAAGUGCCUGAAGAGAAUGUCCUGCUCUGUGAGAGUCGUUAUAUCGAAAGUGAGAGGCAAAUGAAGCGGUUCAAAGGACUCAAACGCUUUUCAUCAUCCGGAAAGGUGGUGGAGGAUGAAAUCUACUAUUUUAGGAAACUUAUAAGUCCCCCAAAGGAGCCGUCACCUUUGCUAGACAGGAAAAUUGAGGAACUGGAGGCCAAGUUUGCUGAUAUGACAGAUGAGGAGCUAGAGGAGCUUGGGGAUGAUGACAGUGAGCUCGAUCAUUCUCUUCGGCAGAUGCAUUCUUCUAUGUGUAGUGACAUGGAUAUAAUGACUUACACUCCCCCACAGUCAACCAAAUCUCUAAAGGGUCUUUCCAAGAAAGAGGGCUCAAAACGAAAGAUCAACAUGAGCGGAUACAUCCUGUUCAGCAGCGAGAUGCGGGCCGUCAUUAAAGCCCGGCACCCAGAUUUCUCCUUUGGCGAGCUGAGCCGUCUCGUUGGCACAGAGUGGAGGAACCUGGAAAGUUCUAGGAAAGCAGAGUAUGAAGAGCGAGCAGCUAAAGUGGCCGAGCAGCAGGAGCGUGACAGGACCCAGUUUAUGACAUCCCCACGUGCAGGUACCCCAGUAGGGGCACUGAUAGGAGUGGUGCCUGCUCCGACCCCCAUGGGGAUGCUAAAUCCUGGCUUGACGCCUGUGUCAGAAGGUAUGAUGGGUGCAUGUAGGUCAGCUAUGAUACCCAAAGGAAUGGUUAGUAUGACUGGCGAACCACCACAUCACACGGGGGAGCCUUUAUAUCCCCAGCGUUCGCUGCUCGCUAUGCCUGGGUUCCCUGGAAUCCCAUAUUUCGGUAUCAACGGUAUGUGUGGUGAAACUGGAACAGCAAACAUACAUGGAUCCCAGAUGAGUUUGAUGGGUCCUGGGCAACAGGCUCCCCCACCAUACCCAGGACAAGGCCAGGCUGCCCUUCAGCAGCCCUCCACCCCGUUGUUUGUGUCCCCUCCAGCCAAGUCCCAGAGGCUUCUCCACUCUGAUGCUUACCUCAGCUACAUAGAGGGUCUAACUGCUGAGUCACCUACUGUGAGCAAGUGGGACCAAACACUUUCAGUUAAAAAACAUGAUGUGCGCCUGACAAAAGAGCAGGAAAGUAGAUUGCCAUCCCACUGGCUGAAGAGUAAAGGAGCCCACAAGACAAUGGCUGAUGCACUUUGGCGACUGCGUGACCUGAUGCUACGAGAUACGCUGAACAUUCGCUACACACACAACCUGUAGCGUGGUCGUAAUCUGAGCCUCUGUUCUCAGACCUGUGAGACAGGGAUGGGGUUAUGCUCACUAAAAAUGUUUAACUUUGUUUUGUUAUGAUGAAAGAUAUGUGGUUAAGUUUACAGAGGUUGCUUAUCGAAGCAAAUUUUCAUUUAACAUUUCAGAUGUACUGUUCCAAGUGCAAUAUUGUUAGAACUGUCAUUCUGUGAUGAAUGCCUUCAUGUGUUGUCUUUUUUUCAUUUUAUGUUUGUUUCAUUGAUGUGUAUUAUAAAACAAUGUUGCCUGGUUGUGACCAAAUUGCAGAUUUAUUUGGCUCAAA